ACGGCCUAAGGGGCCUGCCCGCAGGGGCUCAGUUGCCCGGGCAACCUGCCCAUCGGCCUCUGCUAGAAGCUCACGUGCCCACCCUUCCAGGCGGGCGCCAUGCAGGUGCUCUCGACGGCGCGGCCCUCCCGGGCGGCCUCCCUGCGGCGCCUGGCCGUGGUGCUGGCCCUGACGGCCUACGGGGCGCACAAGAUCUACCCCCUGAUCCGCCAGUGCCUGGGGACGCCGCCCCCGCGGGGCCCCCGGGCCCAGGCCUUGGCCACCGCAGAGGCCCGCAGCGCCUCGGGCUCUUUGGCCGUCGCGGCCGCGGGCAGCGGCGCCGGCAGCAGUACCAGCGCCAGCGCCAACCGCGUGUUCUUGCGCCGGCUGCUGUGGCUGCUGAGGCUCCUCUUCCCCAAGGUCCUGUGCCGGGAGACGGCGCUCCUGGGCCUGCACACGGCGGCGCUGGUCAGCCGCACCUUCCUGUCCGUGUACGUGGCCCGCCUGGAUGGCCGCCUGGCCCGCUGCAUCGUGCGCAAGCAGCCGCGGGCCUUCAGCUGGCAGCUGCUGCAGUGGCUGCUCAUCGCGCUGCCUGCCACCUUCGUGAACAGCGCCAUCCGCUACCUGGAGGGCCGCCUGGCGCUGGCCUUCCGCAGCCGCCUCGUGGGGCACGCUUACCGCCUCUAUUUCAGCCAGCAAACCUACUACCGAGUCAGCAACAUGGAUGGCCGCCUGCGCAACCCUGACCAGUCCCUCACUGAGGACGUGGUGGCCUUCGCCGCCUCGGUGGCCCACCUCUACUCCAACCUGACCAAGCCUCUGCUCGAUGUGGCUGUGACCUCGUACACCCUGCUGCGCACGGCUCGCUCCCGGGGCGCCAGCACAACCUGGCCCUCGACCAUUGCCGGCCUGGUGGUCUUCCUCACGGCCAAGGUGCUGCGGGCCUGCUCCCCCAAGUUCGGGGAGCUGGUGGCCGAGGAGGCGCGCCGCAAAGGGGAGCUGCGCUACAUGCACUCCAGAGUGGUGGCCAACUCAGAGGAGAUUGCCUUCUACGGAGGCCACGAGGUGGAGCUGGCCCUGCUGCAGCACUCUUACCAAGACCUGGCCUCCCAGAUUAACCUCAUUCUGCUGGAACGGCUCUGGUAUGUCAUGCUGGAACAGUUUCUGAUGAAGUACGUGUGGAGUGCUUCAGGCCUUGUGAUGGUCGCGGUACCCAUCAUCACUGCUACUGGCUACUCAGAGUCAGACUCAGAGGCAGCAAAGAGAGCGGCCUUGGAGAUGAAGGAAGAGGACCUAGUGAGUGAGCGCACAGAGGCCUUCACGAUCGCCCGUAACCUCCUCACGGCUGCUGCGGAUGCUAUCGAGCGAGUUAUGUCUUCCUAUAAGGAGGUAGCAGAGCUGGCUGGUUAUACUGCCCGGGUGUACGAGAUGUUCCAAGUGUUUGAGGAUGUCCAGCGAGGUAGUUUCAAGAGACCUGGAGAGCUAGAGGACUCCCCAAUGAAGGCCAGAACUGGAGCUCUUGUGAGGCAUGGGGUGCGUAUGGAGGGACCCCUGAAAAUCAGAGGCCAGGUAGUGGAUGUGGAGCAGGGAAUCAUCUGUGAGAACAUCCCCAUCAUCACCCCAACAGGAGACGUGGUGGUGGCCAAUCUCAACAUCAGGGUGGAAGAAGGAAUGCACCUGCUCAUCACUGGCCCCAAUGGCUGUGGCAAAAGCUCCCUCUUCCGGAUUUUAGGUGGACUCUGGCCAGCCUAUGCUGGAGUCCUCUACAAACCCCCACCACAGCGCAUGUUCUACAUCCCACAGAGGCCCUACAUGUCAGUGGGCUCUCUGAGGGACCAGGUGAUCUAUCCUGACACAGUAGAGGACAUGAAAAGGAAGGGAUAUUCCGACCGCUACCUGGAGGCCAUAUUGGACAUUGUGAACCUCAACCACAUUGUCCAGAGGGAAGGAGGUUGGGAGGCUUCCUGUGACUGGAAGGAUGUCCUGUCAGGUGGGGAGAAGCAGAGAAUUGGAAUGGCCCGAAUGUUCUACCACAGGCCCAAGUACGCACUUCUGGAUGAGUGUACCAGCGCCGUGAGCAUUGACGUGGAGGGCAAGAUUUUCCAGGCUGCCAAGGAUGCAGGCAUUGCCCUGCUCUCCAUCACCCACCGGCCUUCCCUGUGGAAGUAUCAUACACACCUACUACAGUUUGACGGUGAAGGGGGCUGGAAAUUUGAGAAGCUUGAUACAGCCACUCGUCUAACCCUGAGAGAAGAAAAGCAGCGUUUGGAGCAGCAGCUGGCAGGCAUCCCCAAAAUGCAGCAACGGCUUAGCGAACUUUGUGAGAUCCUGGGCGAGGAUGCGGACCUCCAACAUACUGACCCAUCUGAGGCCUCCUGCCCUUGCCCCUGAGGCCCUGGCCUCAGCCUAGACCUGCUUCUGGCCCAGAAGGCCCUCCUAUAGCCAAAUAUCCCUGGUCACUCUUGUCCUGUGUCCCUAAACCCACAGCUUUCCCUAACCCUGUCCCCCUGCCCCACAAAUCUCCCCAGAUCUCACACAGAAAGCAGUGGGAUCUCCUUUGCCCUUCCCCUCCCAAGGAGAUAGAUAGAACCCUGUGUGGUUCUGGUCCCCCUCCCUCCCUAGGGACUUGUUUCCUGGUCAAGGAGGGGGGGAAGAUGGGGGGAGGCUCCCCCCUCAGGAUACUCUCCUUAGUGAUUGUGCCAUGUGCCCAGCCAAGGACCUGGCCUGCCCCAGGUCUGUAUUAGCUGGAUGGAGGAAGGGGGAGGGGGGCUGGCUGGUAAUUAGUAACUGUGAAGUAGAUAGCAUGUAUGUAGCCAGGGUCCUUUCCUUUUCUGGGGGGGAGGGGGGAGGGGGAGUUGGGGUGUUGCCCUGUUUGUUGCAGUAAGUAUUCUUGGAUGAAGGCAGAGGUUCUGUGCCCGGGACCACUCCUACCACACUGCCAAGCCAAAGUCCUCAUAGAAGGCUUGGUAUUGCUCACGAUCCCCUCUCACUGCUUCUCUUGUCCCUUCCCCUUUCUCUAAAGUGGGAAUCUCUCUUCUCUCCCCCCUCUCACCGAGACAUCUUCCCAUCUGCCUGAUUUCCCAGCACCACCCAGUUUCUCUGCCAAACCGAGUGGUCUCGUGGCCAGCUGGGGGCCACUUCCUCAAUCUUCUCCAACACCAGUUGUUCCAAAGAGCCCUUGCCCGCCCGCCCCCAAGAGGAAGAGUUGCACAAUAUUUCCUACUGAUGAGAAUGUAGUCUUUUCUCUGUCUCUCAAUAGUACUAUCGUGGUCUUUCUCUUUUUUUUUUAAAGUAAUUUAUUUGAUCCAGUUUUAUAUUUGUAAUGAUUGCCAAUGUGAGUAUUCACCACCAGAGAGAUGGGGAGGUAGGGACAGAGGUUAGAGGGAGUGUUCCCUUGCCCAGUUUUGUUGGCGUGAAGGGUUUGAUCUGCCCACGUUUUUGUCCAUGGUGUGUCGGUAUUGGGGGUCGGGGUGGAAUGGAGAAGGGGAGCAGGGGACACUGCUCGUGUAGGCCAGUCCCCCCCCAGGUUGUCACCAGUAGCUGUGGGCCCACCCCAACUCCCAUUGACACCAGCUAACACUGCCAACUGCCUACCAGCCAACCAGCCAACUCCCCAUGCCACCUCACUGAAGUGAGGGACCUAGGGAAGGGGGAAGUAUAUCCCUCUGCUUGCCAAAACCACUUUACCCCCCCCCACUCCCACCCCCUAUGGAGGAGACAGAUGCUGUGAAGGGUCCCUUCAUUUCUUCCCCUGCCCCUCCCCAAUGCCAAAGUGUACUAAGGAGGAGAGAUCAACUAUGCAAACCCACGCAGUCACUUGUGGAUGGAAGUUCAGCAGAAGCCAGGUGCCUUAGCUCUCCUCCUUGGGGCUGGGGGGGAGCUGGGCCCUUCUGUCCUCUCCCACCCUCUCAGUCAGUAAAGAAAAUGUGUUUGAAAUUCA